AUGGCUUGCGUUACACGAGUUCCUGCUGUGGAUGGCAUGGUAGGCCCUAGCCGGACCUCUGGAAACUGCAACUCGCGCUCGUCUUCGUAUCGCCCUUAUCCCUCCCCAUCAACCUCCUCGUCGCGUUCUUUCACGCCUGGUCUGCAACGGCAGCGCGACGUGAUGGGCGCUCCCCCUCAAUUUGUCGACUCUCCGUGCGGCGCGUUACGUGUCUUCGCUUACUCCCCCCCUCAGGGCCCGCCAGGUGCCACCAUCACGGCGAACAUUGACUUCACCAUGCAGGCUGCGGACACCAUAUACCUGCGCCUCGUCCUGGGCCGUCGUGCUUUGACGACCUCCGUAAGGAGGUUGCCCGACAGGCGUUUCGAGCUGCAGGCCCGCGUACCACUCGAUGACGCCGCUGCCUCGCCCACGUCCGUGAUGUCCCUGUCCGCGCAGGCCCUGAGCAGCAACGAUGAGUUGAUCGACACCGUUACAUUUGGGAACUUCACCAUGAUGGAUUUCGCCACCAGCUACAGUCCGCCGAUCGCUGGAUACAUGUCUCACGAAGACACCCUCGACAGCUCGAUAGCCCCCAUCGUGCGCCCCUCCGGGCGCCGCGACUACCGAGAGGGCUCGUCGAUGGAGAUCUAUCCGUCGGAUCACUACAUGCAGGACUUCGGCUGCGUCCGCACGGCGCGUCCAUCCAAGAAGACCUCGCUCAUCCGCACGAGGAGAACCGUCUCUGGCGAUGACGACUCGGGGGCCAAGUGCGCGUCGCUCGUCCUGGAGACGGAAAUCGAGAGCAUGUCCAAGGACUGGGAAAAGGAGGAGUUGUCCGCCGGUCGGCGGCUCGUGCGCUUCUCCCGGUUACAGGAGGGUUCGACGCUGAAGGUCUCGUGCGCGACGGUCAAGCAGGAUGAUUACGUCGAGGGCGACGCAGUAGUCUCGUGCAUCUACCGGAAGGACACAAACAGUUGCUUCGUGACCUCCGUCGACAUCAUCCUCCUGCUCGAGCGCCUUGUCGGCCAGGAAUUCGACAUUGAGGAGAAAAACCGCAUCCGGCGGAAUCUAGAAGGCUUCCGGCCCAAGACUAUCUCCAAGAACAGGUCCGAAAGUAGCGAGUUCUUCCUCCAGAUCAUGAACUUCCCCUCGCCCAAGCCCCGGAAUAUCGAGAAGGACCUCAAGGUCUUUGACUGGGCCAUCCUCGCACAAGCGCUUGACAAGAUCAUCUCGCGUUAUACGCUCCCCUUCCCGCAGCCCAGAUCGAGGAUCCACACCCCAGAUCACUCCGUGCCCUCCUCCGUGCCGACGGGCUCCGUGUCGCCCCUGCUGCCGCCUACGUCCCGGACGCACAGUCCAGCGGAUUAUUCGCCGCACUCGAACAGGUGUAACCCUACGCCGGAGUUCCCUAGCGACGUGUACGGGAGCAGCCCCGCCGCGGGUUCGUUCCCCUACGUUCCCCCACACGACCGCGCGGCGCCUUCGCUCCUUCCGGGGGACGUGAGCAGCAGCUCCUACGAUGAUCCGGGCUUCUACGACUCCUUUUCGUACUCUUCUGGCUCCACCGCCUCCACGCCCAUGGUCGCGACGCCCUCAUGCUCUGACCCGCAGGCCACGUUCGGUGUCGACGUCCCAGAAAAGGCCUUCAUGGCCUACUCGUCCUACCCGUCGUCGUCGGACGUCCUUGGCGGCUCGCAGAGCGUCCGCAGCGACUACAUCGGGCUUGACAACGGGGCGCUCUCUUCUUCGUUCCACUCUGUCAACUUCGAUACGAUGAACCAGGUGCACCGCUCGCCAAUCCCCUCUCCCGAAUCAUACCUCUAA